AUGACAAUGGCAAAGGUUGUGCGAUUAAUGCUAAGUCUGCUGCUCAUUGGCGUGCUCAGCCAGCAGGAUAUAGCUGCCAGCAAGAUAGCCUAUACCAAGCCGCUCUUUGGCUUUGGCAAGACGAGCUAUUUAAAAGAGAAACGCUUUAGGCCCAAGGCGGCAACUGCUAGUGUGACAACAACAGAGGCGGAUUGGCCAGCACCCAUAGAGUUUAUUAUAAGCAGCUCAGCCAAGGAUUUGGGCACAACCCAGCUGCCAAUGUGGAGCAGCAGCAGCAGCACAGAUAGAACAACAGCUGCACUCAAUCAGCCAGUGCCCUGCACCUGUGGCGUAUUUUUAUCCUCACAGAUCAAGAAUGGUUUGCCUGAGACGCCUUUAAUACACAACGAAAUGGAUCGCAUGUUUCCCUGCAACGCCAUAGGACGCAAACAGUGUCAAACGAAAUGCCUGGAGACGAUUGUGCAACAUUUGCCCAACUCGGCCAAUAUUGUGUGCGCCACACUGGGCCACAAUUGUCACAAGGAGCGCGCUUACUUGUUUAUUAAAAACUGUCAUAAUCAAUGGAUUAAUACUAAUCUGCAGGCGGGACGUGAAUACUGCUGCAAGGCUGGCGUGCCCUAUCGCUGUCCAUUGCUGGGCUAA